AUUUCAUGCAAGACCCACUUGUCAGGCCGUCCAUGUCCCUUGCCAGGAAUGGUAUGUGGACCUGAGAGACAGGAACGUCGGCCUCAGGACAGCUCCUAAUUUCCAAAUUUCCCCUCAAACCAUUGGCGCGGGCAUGGGGCCAUGUGGGAAAUGCGCGGUCUGCUAUUGUUCCCCCGCCAUAGGUCAACGCCAGGGGCAAGUGCCAUGCGAGUCGUGAGUCGCGAGUCUAGUUUCACUGGGGUCGGGUACUUUUGAGGAUCCCAUUGCCCUCAUUUUCGUCUUGUUCCUAAUUACCCCUGGAUUGACGAUUGUGCCUCAAAAUGUCGACGAACACGAUUGCUGGAACUGAACAGGUCGGUGACCUUAUCGGCCAGGUCACGCAGGCCGCAGAUGCCUUCAAGAGCAACAGCCGAGAAGAGGACCGCUUGGCUGCUCUCAAGGCCGCUCAGGGGCUUGUGAGAGCGUUCCAAAAGCCUCAGGAUCACGUUUACAACCUUGCAUAUUCGCCCACUCAUGCACUAUGUGUGCGAAUUGGAGUCGAUCUGGGUGUCUUCCAGACGCUGACAGACCGGAACGCACCGACCAGCCUUGAAGAACUGGCGGCAGUCAAAAACGCCAGUCCUAUCCUGACAGAGCGCGUUUUGCGCAUUCUCGCCGGCAUUGGGUAUGUCGCGGAGCACGAAACGCGAGUAUAUGCGCCCACCAUCAUGACCAAGCAGAUGACCGACCGAUUAAGCAUCGGAUUGCUCAAAUUCAUUUUCGACGUCGGUAUGCCCACGCUGGCCAAGAUCCCCGAGUUCCUCCGCAACACCGAAUUCCGAAACCCCGAAGGCGCAACGAACGGCCCGCUACAAUACGCCGAGAAGAUGGACGAAGUGAUCUGGGACUGGCUGCCGAAGAACCCGGACUACCUGAACAGCUGCAACACAUUCAUGGAGGGCGAUCGCGGGAGUCGGCCCAGCUGGCUGGAAUGGUUCCCUGUGCAAGAGCGCAUCAUCGACGGUUUCCAGGGCGACGAGAAGGACGUGCUCUUCGUGGAUGUCGCCGGCGGACGAGGUCAUGAUCUGGCGGCGUUGAGGGCCAAGUUUCCCGAAGCACCCGGGCGGUUGGUAUUGGAGGAUCUUGCUCACGUUCUGGAUGAGAGCACGAUCGAGGAUCCCAAGAUUGAACGCCAGCCUUUUGAUCUCUUCAAGCCGCAGCCUGUUCAAGGCGCCCGAACAUACUACAUGAAAUUCAUCCUGCACGACUGGUCCGACGAAGAGAGCGAGCAAAUCCUCACGCAGCUCCACGCCGCCAUGAAGAAGGGAUACUCCAAGCUCAUAAUCGAAGAGUUCGUGCUGGCGGACAAGGACUGCGCCAUGCUCCAGGCCAUGUGGGACUGGGAGAUGAUGAUCUUCUGCAACAGCAUGGAGCGCACGGCGGAUCGAUGGGCGCAGCUGUUGGAUAAGGCUGGAUUUAAGGUGGUCAAGUUCUGGUCUCCGCCAGGUGAUGGACAGGGGAUUAUCGAGGCUGAACCGAAAUGAGAUGGCCUCGUGGUAGUGUAGGAGUGUACAGAUGCUCGGAUGUUAUGAGAGCUGGAGGGCUUGGGGAGAAUGCUUGGCAUGUUGCAACCUCAGGCGCCAAAUCGCCUACAACUUGGCGCCUGAGGCACAUAGCCAAGCAUCUCGCCGUCUCUGCAUCAUUUGUUUUUUGUUGUUACCUCGUCAAUUUCUUUUUCUGUCAUUUUCAUUUUCAUUUUUGCAUGACACGGAUCUCUUGGUCUGCGACUGUAUGAUAUGUGUGACUCAGCCCCAUGCAACCCCCAAUGGCUAAAGAAGAAGUAUGGUAGCUCCCGAUGCGGGAUG